GUGGGGAGGCCGGGAGCCUUUCUUGACCGACGUCCCGUUCGCCCAAUGGAGCGCCAGGCAACCGGGAGGUCAUCCUCAGAGCGGCAACCUGCCUCGCCAAUGAGGGGACCCGGGGCCGGGCCGGAGCGGAGAAGCAGGAAGCGGUCGAGGAGGCGGAGGCCGCCCCGCAGUCGGGAGAGGGACCUGGCGGGGAGCCUGCGGAGCCGCUGGGCGAGCUGCCCCUCUCCGAGACGGACACGACGCCGGGGCGCUCCAGGGAGCCGGAGCCGAGCAGAGCUUUCUGAAUCCUUCGCCAUGGGGGACAUGAAAACCCCAGAUUUUGACGACCUCCUGGCGGCUUUUGACAUUCCCGACAUCGACACCAACGAGGCCAUCCACGAGGAGGCAGAGGCACACAUCAAGCCCAUCCCUGUGGAGGCGGUGGUCCCCGAACACGUCCUCCCCCACGCCGACAUCACCACGGUCAGCGUCAUAGUGAAGAACACUGUCUGCCCCGAGCAGCUGGAGGCCGUGGACGGACGCGUCAAAGACAGCCACGUCGUCGGACCACGCCUGCUGCAGAACGGCUUCUCUGCCCCUGAGGCGCUCCAUUCCUCCCCCACUCGCCCCACAGAAGGGGUGACCGCUGCGAACGGAGAGUGUUGGACCCCGAAAGAAAAGGGUGCCAAAAGCCUCGACAUCUUUUCCCAUUUCAGCCCCGGCCCUCCUGAGGACACUGAGGCCAACCUCAUUGACCAGCCGCGAGAAUGCAAGCCCAAGGAGAAGGGUCCCCUCUCCCCGCCCCACGUGCUUUCUUCGGUCCCCCCGCUGGACUGCCACGAGCCGUCGGCAGGGGAGGCCGCAGGGCCCCUUCCUCCAACAUUCCCACAGUCCUUUGAAGGAUGCCCAGCUGGCGGAGGUGUGGGCCUCCCUCCAACCCCUGCUGCUCCCCAGGUGCCCCCAGUCAUCAAGCAGGAGUCCGAUUGCGAGACGCCCUGCCGGGGGGCCAGUCCACUGGGCCGCCCAAAGCCCAGUUCUGUUUGCUACCCUACAGACGGUUCCCCCAUAGCACCCUGGCCAGGCUCAGAUGCAAACCUCUGCGCCGGCUCCCGCAGCACCCCAGAAGUCAAGCGCUCUCCCUCCAGCCCCGGGAACUCACUCUUAAAAAGCUCUCCUCCGGAGGCAGAAGCAAGCCCCGGGCCCUCCACCUCCCCAAAACAUUCCAGCGGCGGGACCCUGAAGGAGGAGCCCAUUGAGAACCCUGUGCAGUGCCCGCCAGAUGCGUCCAGCGAGGAAGAGGAUGAGGAUGAGAGUGCUGGUUCCCCCUCGUCCAAUUCUUCGCGGCCCCUAAAAGUGAGGAUCAAGACCAUCAAGACUCCGACCGGAAGCAUCACCAGGACCGUCACCAGGGUCUCCUCCGACUCAGAGCCGGGAGCCGCCAAGCCACCUUCGGACCACGACUCACAAGAGGCCGCUUCCGCUGAGGAAGCCAUGCCCCACGCCUCUGCGGAAAAGGAAGAAGGCGCAGCGGAGCCUCCCAGCUCCAAAACGGUGGCCGCCAGCCCCGUGAAGGUUGUGGAGGGGCCCAAAGUGGUCAGCGUGCAGCUGGGGGACGGGACCAAGAUCAAAGGGACAGUGCUGCCCGUCUCCACCAUCCAGAACGCCAGCAGCGCCAUGCUGAUAGCCGCCAGCGUGGCCCAGCAGAAGGCAGUGGUGCUGCCCAGCAAGGCCGUGGCCAAGAACAUCGUCAGCCUGGUGCCGCAGGCUCUCCCCAAGGCUGGCGUUGUGGCGGCAGCGGCCCAGGCGGGCGGGGCCAGCCAGAAGGUCAACGGCACCACGGUGGUUGUGAUGCAGCAGUCACAGAAGUCCUCGCCCACCGUGGCCGGCACAGUCAUCUCCCGCAGCCAGUCCAGCCUGGUGGAGGCCUUCAACAAGAUCCUGAACAGCAAGAAUCUGCUGCCCAUGUACAAGCCCAACCUGGCGCCCCCGGCGGACUCCAGCCUGACCCUCCCGCCGCUCGGGUACCGGUGCCUGGAGUGCGGAGACGCCUUCGCCCUGGAGAAGAGCCUUGCGCGACACUACGAUCGGCGCAGCAUGCGCAUCGAGGUGACCUGCAACCAUUGCACCAAGCGCCUGGUCUUCUUCAACAAGUGCAGCCUGCUCCUCCACGCCCGCGAGCACAAGGACAAGGGCCUGGUCAUGCAGUGUUCCCACCUGGUCAUGCGGCCCAUCGCGCUGGACCAGAUGAUCGGGCAGCCUGACAUCACCCCACUGGUCUCCCUGGCCUCCCUGAACGCCAGCAAGGCCGCGGCCACCGUCGCCCAGGAAGGCACGGCCAGCGGGGCGGCCACGCACGACCCGCCUGUCCUCCCCUUGAAUGGCAGCGCCGAGCAGGCCACCACGAACUCCUGCCAGUGCCUGGAGUGCAAGGAGCCCUGCAAGGACAAAGCCGGCCUCGCAGCCCACUUCCAGCAAGCCACAGCCCCCGGCUCCACGGUUUGCAACGCCUGCUCCAUGAUUAUGCCCAACCGGUGCAGCUUCGGCGCCCACCAGCGUAUGCACAAGAACCUCCCGCCUCACGUCUGCCCCGAGUGCGGGGGGAACUUCCUCUUGGCCAACUUUGAGGCACACCUGAAGGAAGCCUGCCUCCAUUUAUCCCGGAGGAUAGGCUACAGGUGCCCGAGCUGCUCAGUUGUCUUUGGCGGAGUGAACUCCAUCAAGUCCCACAUCCAGACGUCUCACUGCGAGGUUUUCCACAAGUGCCCCAUCUGCCCCAUGGCGUUCAAAUCUGCACCCAGCGCUCAUGCCCAUAUUUACACCCAGCACCCAGGCUUCAGCAACCAGCAGUCCAAGAUGAUCUUCAAGUGUGCCAUGUGCGACACGGUCUUUACCCACAAGCCCUUGCUCUCCUCCCACUUCGACCAGCACCUGCUCAACCAGAGGGUGAGCGUCUUCAAGUGCCCGGACUGCCCUCUUCUUUUCGCCCAGAAGCGGACGAUGCUGGAGCACCUGAAGAGCACCCACCAGCCUCAGAAACCCAAAGAGGACCCCGCCAAGAAGCCAGUCGCUGCCCCGCUCACCCCCAAGCAAGAACCGGCCGAAGAGGAGCCCCCACCGCCCGUCUCCAAGCUCUCGGAGUCGUCGUCGUCCUCUUCGGAAGACGAGGAGCCGCCCAGCUCCCCGGAGCUGCGGAAGAGCAAGCGGGGCCGCUUCCAGCGCAAGUCGGAGGGCGGAGGGCGCUCCCGGAGCAACGGCUGCACCUGCGGGAUCUGCCACUCCUGGUUCCCGGAGCGGGACGAGUAUGUCCUGCACAUGAAGAAGAUCCACGGGAAGUGCGUAAAGAAGUUCCCAUGCCACCUGUGCGAGAGGUCCUUCUGCUCCUACCCCAGCCUCCGGAGACACGUCCGCGUGAACCAUGAGGGCAUCAAACGCGUCUAUCCCUGCCGGUACUGCACGGAAGGCAAGCGGACCUUCAGCAGCCGCCUCAUCCUUGAGAAACACAUCGAGGUGCGUCAUGGCAUCAAGGUGACGGACGAGACCCGUAGCCAGGAGGUGCUGAUCACCCGCAUGGGUGCCAGGAACUCACAGGCGUCUGGCAGGAAGCGGAAGCUCUCCGACGAAGGGGACUCGUGCAGCGAGGAGCCGGACAGCACCACCCCGCCUUCGAAGACCCCCAGGGGCGACCGGAAGUUCCACUGCCGCAAGUGUGGCUACGUGGCGUGCUCGGCGGCCGACUUCCAGGAGCACAUCCCCCAGCACAGGACAGGGGAGAGCGCCCACCAGUGUCGUGAGUGCGGGCUCUGCUUCACCUCUCAGGUCUCCCUCAACCGCCACCGCUUCAUCACCCACAAGAAGAAACGGGGGGCGGGCGAUGCAGCGGGCUCCAGCCCCCGGGGGGGCGACCCCGAGGAAGGGUCCCCGCCAGCCGAAGAGGGGAAGCUCUCCUGCACCGUCUGCGGCAAGGGCUUCGACACCCAGCUCAACCUCAAGACUCAUUUCCGCACCCACGGAAUGGCCUUCAUCAAAGCCCGGCAGAACGUGGGGGCAGAGAACUAGUUGGGGGGGACAGGAGUGUGUGCGCAGGAGGCUCUGCCUUGCCCCUCUGCCACCCAGGGACAGCGGUCGGAGGUUGAUCAGCGCCCCGAGGUCUGGGUGGGAGCAGUGGUGUACCCCCCUCCCCAUGCCUCACUUCUUAAUAAGCUGUGAUUGUGAAAGAUGGGGA